GUCCAUCUUCAUUUGAUACAUCUUACAGCCACUUUAAUGCUUCAGAAGCGCCCACUGCUUGUGCCUAUUGAUCUCUCGCUGUGAGGCAUUAGCGAUCAGACUGACGCCGCCGCGCUGCUUCGAGGAAAAAACAAUCAUGUGUUGAGGAUCCGUGCGUCAUCUGGACCCCGGCGGCGGCGGCGGUGCUGGUGGUGCUGGUGGAUGGUGGUCGCGGUGUGUAAGGCGACCGUUUCUCCCGUCGUGUCUCAGACCGGAGUGAGGGUCAAUAAGUGCGCGCACACACACACGAUCAGCGCGCUAAUUGAAUCUAUCGAGCGACCAAUCAGUCGCGAGCGGAGCGCCUCAACCCGGAUGACCUCCGGAGUGACGGAGGGGGAGUGCGGAGGGAGCAGCGCCGGAGGAGAUGCGCAUAUCUGCAGGUACCAUAGCGCUGUCGUAAAGCACGAGUCCGAGGGAGCGAGGGAGCGAUCGGUAAAGCGAUGCCAGGGGUAACCAAGUACAAUUUAGUGGAUGACGCGCACGAUUUGAGGAUCCCCAUGCACAACGACGAGGUGUUUAAGCAUGGGGUCUGCUUCGAGGCAAAGUACAUCGGCAGCCUGGAGGUGGGCCGGCCCGGCAGCAGGAUGGAGAUAGUCGCUGCGAUGAGGAGGAUCAGAUAUGAAUUCAAACUGAAGAAUAUAAAGAAGAAGAAGGUCAACAUUGUCGUAUCCACCGAUUUCGUCAAAGUGAUUUUGCGCAAAAAGAGGAAGAGAAAAGGGUGGUCAUGGGAUGAGAAUACCAUCUUGGUGACACAGGAUCCCAUCUACAGGAUCUUCUACGUCUCACACGAUGCCCAAGACUUGAAGAUCUUCAGUUAUAUAGCAAGAGAUGGACAGAGCAACAUAUUCCGCUGCAAUGUCUUCAAGUCCAAGAGAAAAUCUCAGGCCAUGAGGAUUGUGCGGACGGUGGGUCAGGCGUUCGAUGUGUGUCACCAGCUGACCCUGCAGCAGAAAAGCGAUGACCAGGAUGAUGAGGAGGGGAAGGCGGAGGAGUCGGAGGCAGUGCCAGCAAAGAAGAGGUUUGCGUUGUCAGAGGAGACCGACCUUGAAGCCACUACAGAGGAGAGCAUCGAGUGCGCCUCCUCAUCAGACCUGGAGAAGGGUAAAAAGGACGAGGCCCUCAGUAACAAUGAGAAGGCAUCUGAUGAACCGUCUCUCCUGCUGAGCUCCCCCCUCCUCGGAGCCUCUGUGUCGGGUUUGUCUGCAACAGAGGCUCCCUGCUCUGCAGAGCACCAGGUCCAGCUCCUGCAGAAACAACUGCAGCAGCAGGAACAAAAGGCACUGGCAGCUUCAGAUCAGUGCCAUGUCCUCCAGGAGCAGCUGUCGGUGGAGGUGUGUGCACGGACUGAAACUCAGGCCAGAGUACAGAGGCUGCUGCAGCAGAACACCGACCUCCUGCAACACAUCUCCCUGCUGGUCAAACAGAUCCAGGAGCUGGAGCUUAAAGCUGCUGGCCAGUUAACAUCUAUGGGUUCCCAGGACAGUCUUCUGGAGAUCACUUUCCGCGCCAAGCCCCCCAGCUCUUCUUCAUCUAUGGGCCCUUUUUCAGCUCAGUCCCAGGUCCAGAUGAGUGACACUCCCUGGGUCUCCGCCCUCCCCGGGCCCUGCUCUCCAGGCACCAUUGGCACCGAUGCGAGCCCUUUGGGGCUCAGCGGCAGCGCGGUUCGCCUCGAGUGCUUCCGCUUCUCCUCCCGCGGGCCGGACAGCCAGGACACAGGGGAGACUCCCAGCGACGGAGCCCCGGAUGAAAGCUCGCUGCUGGGGGAGCAGGUCCUGGGGGCCCUGGAGCUGCUCCGGUUUAGGGAGUCGGGGAUCGGGUCGGAGUACGAAUCGAACACAGAUGAGAGCGAUGACCGGGACAGCUGGGGGCACGGGGAGGGAGCGGGAGCUGAAGGUGCCGCCCGGCUCAUGAACGUGCUGAAUGCAGAGUGUCUGCCGGACUGCCUAGGGGACGAGAUGGCUGUGUAGUGGUGCUCGUAAAGCUGCACAAGGCAACAUUGCACUUAUGUGCCAACCCAGAGGGAAAACAGCUGAAAUUCCGAAUCUGAAGAACUUCAUUAGCCAGAAAUCAUGUGUUGUGACAGUAAACUGCAUUGUCGAAGAGCGUUCAUGCAUCACUGUUCUGUUUUGAUUUGCUACUUCCUGUGCACUGAGAAAAUGUCCCACUGGUAUGACUAGUGGGAGGUAUAAUUUAAAAAACAGAGAUGCAGAAAGUAGAAUUUAAUUGGCAAAUUGGAUCCUAAUGUUUCAAGGGAUAGCUCAGUUUUUUGAGUAGAGUUUUAUGAAGUACUAGUCAGUGUAUUAUAGGGGUGUUGAAAAUAAUUGUAUAGUUGAUGCAACACAAUCCAGAUAUGGAUGAAUCUGCAUUGAUGCAGUGACAGUCCAUAAUGGAUAUUCGAUAAUCAGACAAAUAAUGUGAGUAGUAGGCUAGGCCUACACUAUUUAUUUUGGUUUACAGAAAUUUAGGUUAUCAGGAAUGUCCUUACAGCAGUAGGAAGUUAUUAGAAGUUACAACUUGACUCCAAAAGUCAGCUAUACAUUUUGUAAAACACUUUAAAUAAUAAAAAGUGAACCCACAUUUAUCAGACCAGUAGUAUUUAUUGAUGAAAAGGUAACCAUGUGUUGUAAUAUUAAAAAAAUAGAGGAAUCGAAUCAAAUCGUGAACUAGAUAAUCGUAAUCAAAUAGUGAGACCAGUGAACAGCCCUCAUGUAUUACCAACAGUACAUGACAGCCCACACUUUGGAGAA